GGUCCAAAAAAGGCAACGGCGUAACCCUGCAUCGAUCUCUUCGCUGCCUGGCCACCAUGUCUUCCUCCGCCGUCCGGCCGUGUUUCCUUUGCCUCCACGCUCCCGCUUCCUCCUCCGGCCUCCUCCUGACCAGCCGUCCGCAUCGCAGCAGCGCCCUGCCGCCGGCACAUGGGCGUAACAACCGGAAGCCCGUCGGCCACGGGAUCGUCUGCAGCCAGGCCGGCGCCGGCGAUGGUCACGCCAUGACGAUCAAAAUCAACCCCAGGGAUCGAGCGGAGAAGGAUUAUGAGUUUCGUGAAGAAGGAGACAGAAUUGAGGAGUACUUCAGGAAGUUUUCUAAUGGCGGCACCUUGCACAUGGGGUUAGCAACAAUAUUUCGAGGUUAUAUUUGCAUGAUCGCUAAAAAUUCUGUGAGGCUGGCUUCUAUUGUCAUGGGUAAGCCAGGCAUAAUUUCUGAAGAUGCACGUCUCACCACACUGAUGACUCCAAGAAAGGGAGAAAAGAUGACUCUUGGGGUGUACGUGCGCAACUUUGUCAGUACAGCCGAGGAUGCGUACAAUGAUAAGGUCACUGAGGAAACUAUUGUUACCUUUCUUGGUGCUCUUCAAGGUGUGGCAGCAAUGAGCUACUUCAUGGCUCAAGACACCCUUGCAAAAAUUGGUGAUGAUGAAGCUAGUUCACUGUACUGCGGUAAAGAUUCUGUUUUCAAUAGACCUUGGUUGGAGUACACGAGGAAAACAGACAAUCUGAGACGUGAAUUCAAGGCGGCUCCGCCACAACACCCGGACGGGAUUGUGAUGAAUACGGUGACUGAAGCAAUGAAACUCACGGAGUCCUUUGUUAGAUUGAUGACUGUAGACAAUAUAGGCAAGACAGACUAG